AUGGACCCUCUUUCAUUAUCUUUCCGUUCAACCGUCUCAACCCGACCACCACUACCUCUGCCGUUAUCGCCACCACCUUCUCCAUCUCGUGUUUUGUCCAUCCGAAACGACGAAAAGCUGCAAACCAUCACAAGCACCACCAAGAGGUCUAGUCAAGAUCGAUUGAAAUGGCCAAUAAUCACCUCGAACACUAAGAAACGCGUUAGAAAAUCAGUGAAGAUCCAUCGGUUGCUACUUUCCAUGAUCUUCAAUGCAUUUGAUGAUAUCAUAAACAAGUUCAUAGAUCCACCAAUUCGGGAUUCGGUUAACCCGAUGCAUGUCUUGUUGGAUAACUUUUAUCCGGUUGACGAACUCCCUCCUACCGACUGUGAAGUCAGUGCGGGUAUGCUUCCGAGUUGCCUUGAUGGGGUUUACGUUCGUAAUGGACCUAACCCGCAGUUUCUACCACGAGGCCCGUACCACCUCUUCGAUGGCGAUGGCAUGCUCCAUGCUAUUCGUAUCUCUAAAGGAAAAGCCACGUUAUGUAGUCGAUAUGUGAAGACAAACAAGUAUAACAUAGAGAAAGAUGCGGGGUUUCCCAUGAUCCCAAAUGUUUUUUCCGGUUUCAAUGGUUUGACCGCCUCUGUUGCUCGGAUGGCAGUCGCAACAGGGCGGGUUUUGGCGGGCCAUUUUGAUCCGUCUAAAGGUAUUGGCUCGGCCAACACUAGCUUGGGCUUUUUUGGCAAUAAGCUGUAUGCUUUAGGUGAAUCAGAUCUCCCUUAUGCUGUUAAACUUGCACCAGAUGGUGAUAUAAUCACCCUUGGUCGCCAUGACUUCGAUGGCAAGCUUUCCAUGAGGAUGACGGCUCACCCAAAAAUAGAUCCAGUAACCAAAGAAGCUUUCGGUUUUCGCUACAGUCCGAUAUCGCCUUUCCUAGUAUUUUUCCGGUUCGAUGAAAAGGGAGAGAAACAAGCUGAUGUCCCGAUCUUCUCAAUGAGAACUCCAUGUUUUCUCCACGACUUCGCCAUCACCAAAAACUACGCCAUUUUUUCAGAGAACCAGCUCAAGAUGGAGCUAUUUGGCAAUGGACCCCUGAUCAAGGCAGACCUCAGGGAAGUGCCUAGGGUUGGGGUGAUCCGCAGGGAUGCUAAGGACGAGUCGAAGAUGAAAUGGUUUGAGGUGUCAGGGUGGAAUAUCCUGCAUACCAUCAAUGCGUGGGAGGAGGACGGCGGAGAUACGGUGGUGAUGGUGGCGACUAACAUAUUAUCGAUUGAGCAUCUGUUGGAGAGGAUGGAUUUGAUCCAUGCAUCGGUAGAGAAGCUAAGGAUCAAUAUGAAGACGGGGAUGGUAUCAAGACACCCUCUUUCAACUCGCAAUCUUGAGUUAAGCGUCAUCAACCCGGCUUUUGGCACCAUAAAAAACAG